CCAAUUUUUAAGUACAGCGAAAGUAAUGUUCAAAUCAUGCUGAUAACUAAAGUGUCUCUUGUGAUCGACAUGUUUGACUGGUCGAUUCUGCUUUGUGUGAGAGCUUUGUGUGUUCCUUUCUCCUACACUAACACUUACUACUUUACACUUUGCCUAUCUUUUUGUUGUAUUUCUUUCUCUGUGCCAGUAUCUGCACCGCCUUCAACCACACCCGGACCCACAACGACGGACCUGACACCGAGGAGGAUCCCAGAUCAACCCUUGGAUGGUACAGGCGAGAUGAAUAACUCCGUCUACAGCAAUCCUAGUUCGCUCAGCGGACACCUGGCGGAGAAAGGAUCCAAAUACCUGUCGAACAUAAAUGAAAUAGACAAAUCCGAGCAGAAGUCAUCGCCGGAUGCUACCGGAAAAGGGGUCUCUUACGAGUGGCCACAGAAUGGCAGUGGAUCCGGUGCUGGGGAAAUGUCUGCUCUCCUCGCUCCUCUGAUGUGGGCAGUAACUGUUGGAAUUGUCAUGAGCAGAUAAAUCAUCGCCAUUUGCCUGCAGAUGCUGUAAGAGCCAUCCGCCAGCGUCUGUCAAUCAACGAAGACAAGGAAUCACCCAUCUUCAGCGGUUCCCAAAGUGUCGUGUAAUUUGGCAAUUCGUUUAUAUCCCUCUCUAUCAAGACAGGAAGUGAGUGGAUUCCAUUUUACGUGCGGUAGAUCUUCAUGAAUUCCGGAAAGACUUAACUUAAUGCGCUGUAAAGAUGAAAUAAUAUCGCAUUAUCCGGGCUUCCAGAUGGAAUUUAAUAUAAUUUUUACCAGAAGAUAUAUUGUGUAUAACAAGUCUUUAACAGCAACCAUUUAAUUAAUCCCAUUAUUUUCGUGUUAUAGUAUCCGCAAGCCGAUUACGUGGUUCAAGGUCACAGAAAAGACGUUUCAAAACUGGCAGCGCUGGAGUGGUGACUUGGUGAACUAAGUGGACUCAUGUCCCUACGUAGCCUUGAAUCAUUGAAAUUUGGUAAUGGUUACUGUAAUUUUUAUAUUAUUUUAAAUAUUUUAAUUUUGUUUAAUUAUAUUUUAAUUAAUGUUUUACCCUUUAAAUUUAGCAGAUAUUCAUUUUUAACAUAAACCACGUUAUCCCUACCUAAUUAUAAAAAUCCUAUUAUUCUUAAAGUGCGUUAAUGAAUUUUAUGUCCCUAUAAACGUGAAGAAGAAUAUUAUUAUUCAAUAAAAAAGAAAAAAAAAGUCGUCAAUGUUUCUAGCUGUGCUAUUUAGAAUGACUGCGGUGUAUGAGAGUGUCCUUCGUGUUUUAAUACCUCAAGGUCCUUAAACUUAAAGCGAAUUCGCGAAGGUCUAUUGUAAGUUCAGUCCUUAGUGAUAUUUCUGCCAAAAAUACACGCGCGUUAACCAGCCUUCGGAUGAAAAUUUUCCAAUUCGAGCAUUUCUUUGCUUAUCGCGCGUAAAGAACGCCUCGUUCUGUAGCAGAAUCACUUUUAAUGUAUACGUUGCUGGUACCUCAUCGCGUCAAUCAAGACUGACUUAAGUGACUCUUAAGAGAAAUGUUUAAUUAGUGGCCAAAGGAUUGUUUCGGGAGACGGAGGAUAAUUGUCGCCAAUCAGAUUAUUUUAUACGGACAAAUAUCAAAAUAAUGAGCUUAACCAUUGUUGGGUUCUUAUAUAACAAUUACUGUAAUGUGAGAUAAUAGAUCAUAAGGCCAAAAUAUAAGUAACAAUCACAUGAAAAUAGACCUUAAGCAAUAGUUUUUUUUUUAAUAUUUUAAGAGAGUGGAUAGAAUUUUACGUAAAUACAGCAUGUAAAGUUAGUAAAAAUAAUUUAUUAAUGUGUUGAAGCUUUUGUUUUGUUUUAAUUCUGGUCCAUUUUCAUGUGUGUUAUAAAUUACUUACGUGCAUAUGUUAUGGUAAACGUAAAUGUCAAUAUAGACGUGAGACGAGGCAGAAAGAUUUGAACUUCUAAACUUUUCCUUCGUUAAAUAUGAGAUAUUAUCACUCAUAGAUAUUGUUUUCCCCACCUAUUUCAAAGACAAGUAAUAGUCUAUUUUGUAUUUUUCCGAGUUUCGCGUGAGUCUCACUGUAAACAUCGAUUAUUUCCUUAAACAUCGCGUACCAGUCGAUUUAUUAAUGGUGAAGUGCUGUGUUUUCUUUUCGGUACGGACUGGAUUCUUAAAAGCGCUUCGGAAUCGUAUGAUUACUUCUAUUUCAGAGUUAGACAUUUUUAUGAUUCCGUCUAAUGUCAAUGAGAAAUUUUGAGGUUAUGUCUCGUCUUUUUGACAUCGCUCAAUAGUAUUCGACGACCGUAACGUUUGCACGUCAGGACGGCUUUACGUAAUUUUGUAACUGGAAAGACGUUAGCCAGCCGGUGUACAAAAGAACCGAGACUUGUGUUCUACGUUCGUAAGUAUUCAUUUAUUUUGUGUGCUCACUGUAUUAAACAAACCAUGAACUGAGUGUCAAUGUACAUAUAAAUACGGGCUACACAUUUUAUAUAAGGCCUAUAAAAUUAUAUAAGCGAUAUAUAUAUAAAAAAUAAUUACGCAAUUUUACUUGAAAAAUUUCAUGAUAAAUUUAUCAACACUCAAAUAUUACUGUGAAUUUUAGGCGUGUUUCCCGUGUUAAUAAAGAGAUAUUUAUGAGAUGUAUUUUUUUGUGAUGUUAACAGAUGUGUACUCCGCGCAUGCGUUGAAAACGGAACAAAUGAAUUUUGUUUUUGUGCGCGUGGUCGUAUAUUGAAGGGCUCAAAGUGUAUCUUAUUUUCGCAAAUAUUUGAGCGUACCACAGGCAACAUGAGCUUCAAAUAAUCGAUAUUGUAACACCCGUAAGAUACCGUUUAUAAUGUUACAUUACAGCUGUACAAGAUUUAAUAGACUAUAACCUUAAAUAAAAAUACGACAAUGA